AUGGCACACACCCCAGGCACGAACUCGGGUGAAGCCCCGUUGAGCACGCUGGCGACACCCGACCGGUCAGACGAAGAGGACGAGGCAGUGUGUAAGGAUGAAGAUGACGACCACUCCGACGAAGAUCUGGCCCAGCCUGAGGAGCAGAGCCUUUUCCUGCCGGGAAGCAUUGUUGAUGGUUGUGCGAAGGAGGCUGAGGCGCUUACGCAGGCGACGACGGGACUUGCCAUCGGAUGCGUCGGGGAGGAGCGACGAUGCGUCCGAGUACUGCCUCGCGACGUCGGAUGCCUGGGCCGACUGACAUUGGAGCGUGGCUAA